AUGCCGGAAACAAAUGAAGAUCUAUAUGCUGUGGCAGAUUUCUGUCUCGUCCCCAUCGGUACUGGCGAGCCCUCGGUAGCCGAAUAUGUGGCCGAGUGCGCUCGCGUGUUGGAGAAGACAGGCCUGACUCACAAGAUGGCUCAUUGUGGAUUCGAAGAGGGACCAUGGUCAGCCGUUAUGAAGGCCAUUCAUGAUUGCCAUGCGGCCGUGCACGCCAAGGGCGCACCCCGGAUCGCUACCGAUAUCCGCAUUGGCACUCGCGUCGACAAAGAGUUGCAGCCCGGUACCGGCAACGCGCACAAGGUGAAACGGGUCGAGGAGAUUCUUGCGAGGGACGCGAAGGCAUGA